CCUACAUUGAAAUCUUUUGAUUCCCUUGACUUCUUAGAAGUGUAGAAAGCAUACUCUGUUUUGCCAUCGCCGCUCGACCUCAGCUGCGCAACCACGAUUGAUGAUGGCAGCAUGGCUCAAUCUAGCUUCUACACUCUAUCUUCGAAUCAGCCGGACCGAGUGAAAGACAGCGCAUUUAAUUUUGAACAUAAAACAAAGCAGUCUCCAUUGACGUUUCCAUCCACUCAUGAUACCUCGCGAUCGGAUUGUCAUAUGAACAGUCUGUCCCACUUUGUUGAAGCACUUGAUCAAGUACAUACUCCAAAGUCCGAUCAAAACAUUUCUAAGAGCACAUAGACUGCCAAGCGUGCAUUCCCGAAUUUAGCUCGCUCUGUGUCUAGGUACCAAAGUGUACAGGUACUCCUAC